AUGGCUCAACCACGUAUCCUUUUCUCAUUGACCUUCCGUGGAGACAAUGAGAUGCAGCUCUUCUACUCUUGCUCUCAGGAGGAUCCAUCUUCUGAUCAUCAAACGGUUAGUUGUCACCCUCUGAAUCAAGAUAACUGGUUUGAUUUGUAUCCACCUGUCCACGGCUUGCUGUGCUGUCUGAAUGAUAAUAAUAGAGUGAUGAUUGGGAAUCCUACUACUUGUCAAUUUAUUACUUUGCCGAGAGUCCGAAAUGUGAGGAAAGACAUAAGCUACUUCUUUGGAUAUGAUCCUGUUAAUGGUGAAUACAAAGUGUUGUGCAUGACGGUGUCACAUAGUAGUACAUCAAGCAAUCUUGUGUCGCAGGAGCAUCAAGUUUUCACUCUAGGAGCUAGGAUAAACAAUGGGGUUGUGUAUUAUAUGGCUUGGAUAGGCAAAGUUCGUUCUCUGAUGUGCUUUGAUGUUGGUUCUGAAAAGUUUAGUGUCAUUAAGUUACCCAGUGACGGGUAUGUCCAAUAUCUGUCGCACUACAGCGAAAAGAUAGCUGCAGCGAAUGUGUUAGUCACCGGUACACUUGACUUGUGGGUUCUUGAAGAUGCCAGCAAACCACAUUGGUCACAAGUUUCAAUCGUGAUUCCUUCUUGGACAGAUUCAUAUGACCCGUUCUAUAAACUAUGUUACGAUCUCAAGGGGAGGAAAGCUAGAAAAAUCCAGAUCGAAGGUAUUGGGGCUCACCUAACGCAUAUAGAUGUCUAUCUGGAUCAUGUUGAGAGUCCUAUGUUUCUGGAACUGUAA